ACCAUGUGGUUUUUAUGUGAACCAUACUAAGACCAUGUUUGAUCCCUCCCUUAAGGAAUUCAAGUAGACUGCGUAGCACUUACCAAUCGCAAGCGUACAAUAAUCAUCGCGAACUAUGACACCUAAGAUACUACACCGUUUGGCUUUUAAGGCUGUUUGUGCCGACUCGUACGUGUGAGCCAAUGGCCCUCACCAUCGACAGGCCCGUGCCUUGCUUAGCUUGCAGACGGCAUCACCCUUUGACAACAUGCUGCUGCUCGCACCUAUCAAUAUUGGUACAUAUUCCGCCUGUAGCACGUGUAUCGUGUGCUCUCGGCUGUUGUCGGACUCGAUGGAUAACCAGUUCCACAGCCGAAGGGAGCCCGGAGGCAGUCUUCAAUGCUGCACUAGACAAAGCUGGCCUCAUGGCGAAACCUCUCCGUGUGCCCGCGUCAGCGCUUGUGACGAACCAGCCUUUCACGACCCGGUCUUUAACGCGGAAGGCUUCCAUUGCGGAGUCGGUCCUAUGCCCUGGGCUCCGGGGCCCAGAGCUUGCUGCGCUCUAUGGAUCUGACCUACAGGGCGUCAUGCAACGUUCGGACGUCGAGUGUGCCACUGCACACGACCGGGACAUCGUGGAUUGGCUUCCUGAGCUUGAAGAGGACAAACUUGAAGGUUUCCUCGACACUGCGCCACCCGCCUACUAUGGCGAGUCGGACUGUAUCCGCUCUACCUUGUGUGCUGUCGUCGUGCAGCCGGGCGGAGGACCUUGUGCUGCAUGCCGGGAACUGGGCGUGGACAAGAAACACAAACUGCUACGCAAAGCACAGCGCGCGCAGCAGCGCAUCCUCUUGUUGGAGCAGGGCCUGCCGGCACUGCUUCCGACAUCGCUGCUGUCAACCCUCGGCCGGGCUGAACUGUUGUUGCGCCUCCAGGCGGCGCUACAACAUGCACAAGUUCUUCUCCAGGAUCUCGACACGGCACGUAGAUCAGUGGCAGCCAAUGCAGAGCGGACACGACCGGCACUCGUGGAUGAGCUGGAGGAGGCGUUUCGGUCGGGCAGACUGGAGCAUGGGUCUGUGUUUGCUUCUCUCAUGCGGGGCGCGGUGAGGGGCGACAGUCGCCGGGGCCGCCAGCUGGACCAUAUCGAGCGGGCCUUCUACCUCCUGUUGCUGCAGAUGGGUGGCCCUAUCGUGGUCAAAUUCGUGGCCGCCAACUUCAACGGCCCACAUCUUCGAACCAUCCAGAGGAGUCGCGCCAGUCAGGCGUACUUCCGGGUUGGGCCUGCACAUGACGAUGCCAACAUCAAAGGAGUACUCGGCGUGUUGACGGAGUUUUACGAAGCUCAGAUGUCGGGCGACGUGCCCACCUGGUCGCGCGCCUCCCAAGCGGCUGGCGGGUGGCGCAACAAGAGCCACCUGCUUGACGGUACUGGUCCCAACGGCAUCGGGGUGGAUCUGUCCGGCGGCUGGUAUGAUGCCGGAGAUCACCUGAAGCUGCACCUGCCCCUGGGUGUAUCCGCCAGCCUCCUGUCGUACGGCGUGCUGACGUGGGAGGCCGCCUACCGCGCUGCGGGCCAGUGGGAUAUCGCCGUACGGAACCUGGACUGGGUUGCGUCGUAUUACCUCAAGUGCCACUAUCAGGCCAGUGACACCCCCUCCGCCAACGCCUUUGUGGCCCAGGUUGGAGAUGUUGACACCGAUCACAACACCUGGUGGGGUCGCCCCGAGCAGCAGGCGCAGGGCGGGUCGCAGGGCUCGCCUGGAUGGAGGCCCGUGCAUGUCAUCACAGCCGCAGGGGGCCGAGGUGCAGACAUUGUGGGGGAGGCUGUUGCCACUCUGGCGGGUGUGUCUCUUCUUCUGAAGCGCCCGGGCGCCUACUCGAACCCCACACGGGCGGCCACGUUGCUCAGCCGGGCAAAACAACUGUUCGAGUUCGCAAAGACGAUCAAAAACACGUGGGGUCCUACUUCCGGCUCCAACGCCUACCCCAGCUCCAGCUACAAUGAUGACCUGGCCUGGGCUGCAGCCUGGUUGUGCAGGGCGGAUGUGGACGGUGGCGCCAUGAGCUUGACUGCCAGUGCCGCUUGUAAUGCCGCGCCCUCGCUCUGGGACGCCACCAAGUACGCGAACCUGGACUUGUCCUGGGACAACGUGGCAGCUGCUGCGGCGCUGCUGCUCCGGGACACCGGGGCGGGUGGGGCGACCUACGUGGCCAGCUACGACGACUUCGUCAACCGACUGCUGACAAGGUGGACUGGCAGUGGCGCCUGCAGCACUGGCGCCACACCCUGCAUGACCCCCGGGGGCCUGGCCUGGUACAGCGACUGGGGCAGUGCAAGAUAUGCAGCCAAUGUGGCGCUGGUGGCGCUGGCAGCGGCGCGCAGUGACGGCGGCGGAGGCGCGGCGCUGACGUCAGCAGCUCGGGCCAGUCGCAUCUGCUGGGCCAAGAACCAGGUUUCGUACAUGCUGGGUACCAACCCGCAGAGCCAGUCCUUCGUGGUGGGGUACAAGCCCACGACCUCGCACAAGGCGCCUGAGAAGCCCCACCACCGCAGCUCCAGCUGCAACCCCAGCUACGCCAUCACCUGCGACUGGACAGCGCUGGACGCUGCCGGCCCCAACCCCAGCGUGCUGGCGGGGGCGCUGGUGGGGGGACCGGGUCGUGAUGACAGCUACGUGGACAACCGCCGGGACUACAUGAAGAACGAGGUGGCGCUGGACUUCAAUGCAGGGUUCACAGCGGCGCUGGCGUCUCCGCCUCCAGCUCCCCUGGCCAGCUGCUCCCCCACGGACUACGCCUGCCAGCAGUGCAGCCAAUCGACCUAUACAGCCCCUGACGCCUGCCGCUCGUGUGUGGGGGCGAUGCGCAGCAUUGGUCAGGACCCAUAUCGGUGCUUCUCGUGCAGCAACGGAGUAACAGACCCCACCAUACAGGGCAUCUGCUUUACGGAGUGCGUUCCACCCACGGCUCUUAAGGGCAUUGACUGGAGCUGCAACUCCUACUGUGCGGACCCCAAUUUCGUGGGAACCGACGCUGCCAAGUCCCGCGAGUGUGUUUCGUGCCUCACGGGCGUCUCUAAUGCCUGGGACUGCUACAAUUGCAUGGCGGUGACGGCAUCACUGUCCGAUUCUGCUGCGGCCCGCGCCACCUGCUUCAAGUGUGUGACCACCACAACACUGGGCGGCUGGUCCUGCGGGGACUGCGCCUCCAGGGCAACCCCAGCGGAACGGGACAGCUGCAUCAAGUCCAGGGGCGGAUGAUGAGUCGAUGCUGGUGCAGGCCAGGACUACGAGCAUAGCGGCGGCGCUUCGUAUGGGAAGACACGUCGGCAUAAUGCAUAAUGCUAUGAGCGAGUUUAACACACAGAUAAUUGAAUGCAUGCAUGCAUGCAUGGCGAUCUGCUGGAUCCCAUCACACAUCAGAAGGCAGAACACACUGCAAAGACAUCUACACUGCAGUACGAAUGCAGUGAAACCACGUGUUGUUAGUACAUCCGUGCAUCCUUCCUACCAUUCUCAUGUGUGCUGCAUCAUCAUCGUGCAUUUCCCCCUUUUUCGUGUACAUACUGAACCAUAGGUAGCCUGGCGUCUCGGUGCCUUUGCACAAAGCUAAGAUAUAAUAUUAUAGAUCGUGCUUCUGGAAGGUGUUUGUACCGGUAGCAUAGGCAGCAGGUGAUGCUGCCCUGAAUGACAGGCAGGUAUUACCAUACGUGGCCGGGGCCAGCAUCCAGCAGGUGAUGUACGCUUGCAGGUACCUGGUGCGGUGCAGCAUGCAGGUUGGCUGGCCUCCAUCCAUUGUGC